UAAGAACGGACGUGAGAAGCCUUACAACGUAAGUCAGACCCGUUCCAAAACUGCCAGAGUGCGUGCACAGGGUCAUUUCGCUCAUCUUUCAACAACAGGUCAAAUACUGGGCCUUGGGCAAUGAGUGUUGGGGCCCCUGGCAGGUCAUGCAAAUGACCAAGGAGGACUACGCCAAGCAGGCUUACCAAUGGGCCAAGGCGCUCAAGCUUCUCGAUCCCUCUUUGGAACUGAUCCUCUGCGGUGAGACUGGCUUCAGCAGCUGGGACACAUAUGUGAUUAAGGAGUGCAUCACAUGGAGUUUGCAUGGUCUUGGUGGAAGCACCACUGCGUCGUUGAUCGACAUGCACAGCAUCCACCUUUACACUGCAUCGGAAGACCAUCUGAAGAAUGCCACCGCACCCAGAGCCGCCGAGCGCGCCAUUGAAAUCACUGGCAGCCUUAUCGAUCUGGCCCGCAUUGAGAAUAAGGUGCCGCCCACAUGCAAGAGACAAAAGAUUUGCUUCGACGAGUGGAAUGUUUGGGAUCCCGUCAGAGCACCUGGUGAAGAGGGUGCUGAGGAGGCAUACACACUGUCUGACGCUUUAGCCGUCGGUGUUUGGCUCAACGUAUUUGUUCGUCAGGCAAAGUACGUUGGCAUGGCCAACAUUGCUCAAUCUGUUAACGUCAUCUCUCCCUUGAUGACCACGAAGGAAGGCAUCACCAAGCAAACUACUUGGUGGCCUCUGUUGUUAUUCAGCAAGUACAUGAGAGGAUCUACCAUCGCCACCCACGUGCGCGCUCCCGAGUACGAGGGCGCCACCGAGCCCGUCUGGAUCCGCGGCGCCAUCGAGACUCCUUACCUCGACGUCAGUGCCACCAUCGACGACAACGGCUUUGUCAACUUGGCCGUCGUCAACGUCCACGAGACCAAGGGAUUUUCUGUCGAUCUCGAGGGUGUCAAGGAGGGUGCCGAUAUUCAGGUCUACACCGUCACUGGCGAGAAUGUCAAGGUCGUGAACACCGGCGACAAGAACCCUGUCGGUAUUGCUGAGAGCAAAUGGGAUGGCAAGGACCCUUACGAAUUCUCCAAGGCCUCAGUCACCCUGUUGAGAUGGAAGCACUAG